AUGACCGCUACUCUGAGACAGAUGGACGACUACCACUACACUCACCUGAUCAACACCUUCGGCAAGAUGAGGACCGACGUUGUGGAUUUCCUGAUGGAAACAUUCAUCAUGUUCAAGGACCUCAUUGGGAAGAAUGUCUACCCUGGCGACUGGGUCAUCAUGAACAUGAUGCAGAAUAA